GCAGGUCCGACCAAUGAGAGCAUAAAGCGCCAAGAGGAAACAUGGCGGAUAGAGAAUGUAGGAGCAAGACAAGUUAAACCAGAACUGUUUGUUUUUGGAACCAAAACCUUCUGUGACCCAGAAUCGUCUCGGAACCGGGACCUUCUCUCCAGACAUCAUGUCCCUCCAGGCUUCCUGUGGGUCGCAGAAAAGGCCGCUCUGCUCCCUCCUCGAUUGAGGAAACAACUAGAAGCUUCUUGUCUUCCUCUGUGCUGAGGACAGAGUCCUGCCCCCAUGGAGGAAGUUUGUCCCUGAAAUGCUGGCCGCGGCUCAAAGAAACCAAAACGUGAUGAUGGUGAGCGGCUGCAGGAGGCCGCAGUCCAGCUGCUGGACCAGAACCAGAACCUCUGCAGCCUGUUCCAGGAGCUGCAGAACCCGGAUCCAUGCCGCAUGAUCUGCUUCCAGAAUGUGGAGCAGAACCGAAAGCUGGAGCAGAACCAGGCAGCGUCUGAUGCUGACUCUUUGAACGUUGCAGGACUGCUAGUGGGGAAUGAACUGAGGCGUCAGGCUGACCGACGAGGCGUCUCUGUCGGAGCCAUCUCGGUGAAGACCAUGUUGGACAAACUGGAGGAGAUCGCUGGGAGACAGGAGGACAAACUGAGGCAGAUGUUCACGUCUUCUCAGAGAGUCCAGUUGCAGGUUUUGUUGGAGGCCAGCAAACUACUGCUUUGCCAAGGAGUUUUUUGCCCCAGGCUGCUGUGGGUGGAGUACCGAAGAGAUCAGAAGCAUCCUCACCUGGAGCUGCUGUACUUACUUCACCUUUACAACAUCCUCACUCUGGAUUACAUCAUAGAAUGUGAUGACGCCGUCGCAUCAUGGCUGCCCGGUCAGUUAAAGGCUCUCUGCUGCUGGACGCCUCCGCAGGAGGAAGAGGAGACCAGACAAGUUCAACAGGACGUUUUAUCCACUGUGGUUGGAGUCCUGGUGGCAUCGCCGAGGAGGAGUUCAGUGCUGGACGAACUGCUUCACUGGCUUCUGGACAUCAAGGAAGAGUGCAAUGAAGGAGCAGAGCGAUGGAUUCAGACUCUUGAUGCUUCACUAUGUGGAGGUUCGGUGUCACCAGAAGCUCUUCAGCAGUUCUUUGCUCACUGCCUGACUCAGAUUUUCACCUGGAAUCCUCAACUGACAGUGUCGGACGCUGUGACCUCGCAGCAUGACUGGACUGUUGCUAAAGCCGGCCGCUGUCUGACCUCGCUUUGCUGCAAGCUGGCUGCGAUCUUCAGCGUGGAGCAGCUGCUGCAUCACCUGCAGCAGGUUCUGGAAACGCACGAGGUCAACUGGAAACACGUCUUGGUCUUUGUCUCCACCCUGCUGGUUUACGACCAGGCGGCCCAGUCCAGUCUCAGCGAAGCGUUGUGCCGCCUGCUGAGCUCGGCGUUCGGAGGCUACGAUCUGGAGAAGCUGAUCACCGCCUUCCUGCUGGCCCGGCAGGGGGCUCUAGAGGGCGCCGGCGUGUUUCCAUCCUACACCGACUGGUUCAAGAUGUCGUUCGGCGGACGCUCUGGUUUCCACGCUGGCAGUAAGAAGUCUCUGGUGUUCCUGCUGAAGUUCCUGUCUGACCUCGUGCCCUUUGAACCUCCUCAGUACUUAAAGGUUCAUAUUCUUCACCCUCCGUUUGUGCCUCCAAAACACCGCAGCCUCCUGAUGGAGUACGUCACGCUGGCGAAGACCCGGCUGGCCGACCUGCAGGAGUCGGUGGAGGACAUGGGUUUAUAUGAAGAUGUUUCUGCUGCCGGUGCUUCACUUCAGAGCCAGGCUGCACAGGAUGUGGAGAAAGCUGUGUGUCUGUUUGAGAGCAGCAGCAGGAUCCCUGCAACAGUCAUGGAGGCCAGCAUUUUCCGGAGGCCGUACUUUCUGACCAGGUUCCUUCCUGCGCUGCUGAAGCCUAGAGUGCUUCCUCUCGAAGCCGAUGCUCAGAUGAACUUCAUUGAAGCUCUGAAACAAGCAGAGAAGAUCCCAGCUGCCCAGUAUUCCCAGUAUGUGGAGUCCUGUCAGAAGCGACGGCAGCAGAGUGGAAGCCCUCGGCGACCCGGAGCCCCGCUGACCGUUCUGCAGGAGCAACUGCAGGAAUUCACCGAACUGCUGGCAGCAGGACGGGACCCAGAGUCAUUGGCCCAGCUGUCCAGGGUUUCUCACACCCUGAGUGUCGUCUUUCCCGGUUCUGAUGACCCUGUUGGACCGGCCGCCGCCCCCUCGCUGCCCGAGCUCCAUCUGAAGGUAAACCCGAUUCUGAUUCUGGUUCUGAUUCUGGACCAGGUUGGGUCUGUGGUUCUGAAGUGUUUGUGUUGUGAUCUUCAGGUUGUUGAUUUAAUUCUGCAAAGUUUCUGUCAGAGUCUGCUGGUUGCUUCCAGAGGAAAUCCUCCCAACAGACAGAGUUUGUGGGGCAGCAGGUUCGUCUGUGUGCUGCUCGAUAACCGGCAGGUUCUCUCCAGCGUAAUCCACAGACUGAAGGAUCUGUUUCACCAACAGGCAGCUUCUCUGAGACCGGCCCACAUCCUGGGCCUGGCAGCCUUCAUCGUCCACCUGCAGGCGGCCCAGCCUGGUCCGGUUCCGGUAGCAGAGGCUCUGGGUUUGGCCGUGUUGAGCAGCAGUCGGACCAGCAUGCUCUUCUCUGUCAGGCUGGCUGUGGCUGCUGUGUCCUACGGACUCUGCAGAGGACACUCUGCGUCUCCACAGCGACUGCAGGACUUUGUCCCCAAGAGCCUCUACAAAAAGCUCCUGUAUCUGGUCCCAAGGCUGUUCCCUGAGGCUAGGAUAUGUCCAGAGGGACAGGGGGGGGACGGUCCAACAGGCGGCCAUCUUGGAGAUGGUUGUGCUCUGCUGUGGAGCUUCACUGAUGGAAUCAGCUGGACGGAGACGGUGCUGCAUCUGUGGAGACACGCUGCCUUCCAGCAGCUGCAGCAGCUGCAGCCGUACCAGUUGUGUUUUUCAGAGUGGCUGCAUGAAGAGCUGAGAGUCCAGAGACACUCGGACUUUUUGUCGGAUGCAGAGCGGCAGGAGUACCAGCAGUGGGCCUGCUGGGAGCUUUAUCUGCCCCGGCCAGAGGAGCAGGGAGGCUGUGGCGGCGACCCCAGGGCGCUCUGCUCACGUCUGCUGACCGCCAUCAUGGAGCCGCCGCCCAGUAGGGAGAUGAACCUGGAAAACCUGGACUUUUCUCCAGGAUCGUCUGGAACUGGAACCUGUUUGCCGGAUCUGCUGUCCAGAUUACAGGAGCUGGUCUACGAGGCAGAGGUCGGUGACCUCUGGGGUCGCCAGGUGGGUCUGGGGGACUUCCUGCUCCAGGUCGUGUCUGAGAGAUGCUCCACCUCCUCUGGCAGCGUCUCCUCCAGGCUCGGCCUACAGAGAAACAUAGAGGCCUGGAACAGGGUGCUCCUGGUGCUGCCACCUGUGAUGUUCUUCAAAAUAAAGGCUGAAGCAGGGCGGAGCAUUGUAGACUGUAGCCAGCUGCUGCAGCACAUCACACAGCCCCAGAGGAAGGCGUGUCCUCCAGCCGGCGUGUUGCCCUGCGCGGUGACAGUUCAUCUCUUGAAGGGCCUGCUCUUUGCUGCGGGACGGUGUGGACGUCCAGCAGCAGAAGUGGACCGGGUCUGGUCCCUGAUGAGCGCCUCCUGUCCUCUCCUCCUCGUCUCUGCAGUGCGUUGGUGGCAGCAGCUUUCUCCGGUUCUGGUUUCACUCUGGACCCGCCUCCAGGAUGCAGAACCUUUUCCAGAGCAGCUGCAGCUCCUCUCAGCCUGCCGGCUCUGGGCCUGCAGUCUGCGAGCAGGUCCGGUUCUGGUCCAGAUCCCUCCAGGUCCGGUUCUGGUCCAAGCCGCCAGCCUGCAUGGCGCCUUCAGAGGCGGGACGGAACACCAGCAGAACUUCAGAGAGGUUCUGAACAGACUGAGAGAGACUGAGAACCAGCAGGUUCUGGCUUCUCUGCUCUUUCUUUUCGUGAUGGACUUCCUGUCAGAACUUCUGGAUCCUCAGGAGGAAAGUUCUGGAAGGUCCAUAUGGUUCUGCUCAGAACUUCUGGCGGUUGUGGUGAACUCAGCUGAUUGGCUGCUGCUCUUCAGGUCCAACGAACCGGACCUGGAACCGGAUCCGGUCACCCUGACGGUCUCUGAUGAUUGCAGCCGGUUGAUGCCCUGGGCGGUCUGCAGUUUGUUGCAGCAGCAAAGCACCGCCUUCCACCAGAGGGCGCUGCGUUGCCCUGGGUUCCUCCACAGCGCCACCCUGUGGUACCUGGCAGCGCUGCGGCUCUUCCUGGACGGAGAGGCUCCCGCCUCGGCGCACCAGGUGGAACCCACCCGGGUUCUGGACUGCACCAAGCAGUUUGUCCUGAGUUUGAUCCGGCAGGCGCCAGCAGCCGCCCUGAGCUGCAGCCAGUGGAGACAGUUGGAGACUCACUGUGUGGACCUUGACCCAGAACUGGCUGCAACUCUUUCAGUUCACCUGGACCAUCCUAGGGUGGCCUUCCUCUAGCAGACCGGAACCAGAACCAGCUGACCUGAUACUGCAUGUCAAACAGUCGACUCGGUUUCAUAAAAACUUACUAUUUUCAGGUUUUUCUGUGGAAACAUGAAUCCUAAAGAAAAUAAAAUAAGUUUCUUCUUCUUCUCCUUCCUGCUGCUGACAGGAAGUACAGCACCACCUGGUGCAUCAACUGCAAAAAUCAGCUUUUAAAUAUUUCAUUGUCCGACCAGCAGCC